UAUCCUUUGCUUCGUUUUUUCCUUUUCUUCCAAACAAAGCUCAUUUCUUUCACUGAAGCCUCCACGGAGAAGAAGAAACCUUCACUGCAAGACAAUGGCAUUUGCAGGCACAACCCAGAAGUGUAUGGCUUGUGAAAAGACCGUCUAUCUCGUCGACAAGUUGACCGCUGAUAACCGUGUCUACCACAAAGCCUGCUUCAGAUGUCACCAUUGCAAAGGAACUCUCAAGCUCAGCAACUACAAUUCCUUUGAGGGGGUCCUUUACUGCAGGCCACACUUUGAUCAGAUCUUUAAGAGGACUGGUAGUCUUGACAAAAGCUUUGAAGGGACACCUAAGAUCGUAAAACCAGAGAAACCGAUUGAUGGCGAGAAACGGGCAGCGAGCAAGGUUGCUAACAUGUUCGGUGGAACAAGAGAUAAAUGUCUUGGCUGUCAUAACACCGUGUUUCCAAUAGAAAAGGUUACUGUGAAUGGAAUUCCAUACCAUAAAACUUGCUUCAAAUGCUGUCAUGGAGGAUGCACGAUCAGCCCUUCAAACUACAUCGCUCACGAGGGGCGACUUUACUGCAAGCACCACCAUAUCCAACUGAUCAAGGAGAAAGGAAACUUGAGUCAGCUUGAAGGAGACCAUGAAAAGAUAACAAGGGAGAAAAUCAAUGGUGGAGAGGUGGCUUCUGAGGCCUGAUCUGCACAAUCUAGCUUUCUCUUCUAGCUAUCAGAUCAGAUAAGAUACCCUUAUAUCCUCCUCUGCUACCCUCAAGUCUUUUAAGGCUAUGUACUAAGAAAAGUACAAGCAUCCGUUGUGUUUCUUGUUAAAAGUGUGUUUUUUUGGCCUCUCUGUUUCUUAUAUAUUCAAAUAACAUGCUCAAACAGAUGCCAAGAAGAGUGGCAUGUUUGAUUUUCACCACCUUUCAUACUGAAGAAGAGUGGCAUGUUUAUGAAUCUGAAUCGUCUUCCUGUCAA